AGAUUUAAAUAAAAGAAAACUGAACAAUAAAAUAUAUCUGCCUUUUGAAUUUUGAUUGCUCAUGCAUCAGAGCUCUGUUGUACCGGUUUAGCCAGAAGAAUCGCAGAAAAUUAAUCAAAGUCGCUUCCGCUAUCUCAAAGAUUUUGGUCAAAAGGGGCAAAAAAAUGGAUGGGAUUGUUAAUGAGAGUAAGAAGCGGCGAUUACCGCUGUGGAUGUUGGGUGUUUCUGGUGCUGAUCAAGUAAAGAAAUCAAGAAAAGGGGAUGUACUUAAUGUUGAUAAGAAAGAGAAGGGAGGGAAUUCUGGUGAGUGUAAGGUGAAAAAGUCGAGAGGGGCAAGGUCUGCGCAAUGUGAUAAUGAAGUUGCUGCUCCUUGUGAGGAUUUUUUAGAUGAUGGAGAGUCUAAUGUAGUGGUGAAACGUCAAAGAGUGACGAGAAAGAGAAAAGAUGUGGAAAGUAUAAAUAGUGAUGCUGAAGAAGCUUUGAUUGAGAAAAAGAGCAAGCGCAAUGUGGGUCGGAAAACUGUUCAGAAAUCUGCUAGUAGUAGAAGAGAAAAAAGAAAGAGCAAGGGAUUUGAAAGUACCGAGGAUGUUGAAGCUGAGAGCAAGGAUUUAGAUGGUUGCGAUGAUAUUGAAGCUGCAUCACCAAAUGAGGAUGAUGUGGACUUAACUAUGGAUGAUCUAAUUAGCAUUGCAAAUGAGUUUGUCAAGGAUGAGAAAGAUAGGGGACAACAGGAGAAAUCAGAUGCAGAGCAAAUACUACACAAACAAUGUUCACCUACUGAUAUCUCUAUAAAUGAGCGAGCAGACUCUGUCGCCACUUCUGAAACUGUUAAAAUAUUACCAGCACAGGAAGAAACAGCUUCUUGUCAUUAUGUAAGCAGUACAGGCGAUCCAGCUCAGGAUAUGCUGGAUUUGCUACUCGGACCCUUGCUGACGCAGCCCCCCAAAAAAGAAAAGUUGGACGUUAUAACAGAUGAGAUGAUAGCUGCCCAUCGGCUCAAAAAGCAGAACCAGAAACUUGAAUCUACAGAUGCAGUUAUUCCAUUGGCCAAAAAGAAAACCAGUCUUAGAGAUCAAGUAGCUAUGUUCCUAAACUGAAAAGAGGUUUUUGGUACCUGAUUCUAAUAAGCUUAUAGCAAUAUAGCUUAGUGUAGCAGCAUAUAUGUGUUAUCUCUAGAAUAUGUUUCAUUUAUAACGUGCAUCUAGCAAAGUCUUGUUCUGCAAAUUGUUUAGUUAAUUUUGUUCAGGUUUGAAAGAGUGUGUGUGGUUUUCUAUACAUUUUGGAUAUCGUCGCUGUUUAUAGCACCGAGUCCACCAAGUGAGUGUCAGCUCUAGUUUCAUCUUUUUUUAGUGCUGUUUUGGUCAA